AUGGAGACGUUUCUUACCAGACGCUAUAUCAAUGACAGUCACACAAGUCUUCGAGACGAUUUUGAUUGGGAUCUAAAUGAAAUCAGCCGAUCAUCCAGUCCCUUGAGUGCUAGAUCUGAAGGUCCACGCCAUCAUCAUCAUCAUCAUCAAUCAUCUCGCAGCAGACAUGAAUCCAGACGCAAAUUGGCUAAACUUGAAAAUGAGUCCAAAACGAACUGGUCAAAAUUACGUAAUGAGUUGGAAAUUGAGAAAGUCAAAAAUCGUGAAAUGCAAAAAGAAAAAGAUGAGUUGAGAAAAUGGAAAGAAAAUUAUGAACAGGAAAGAAAAAAAGAAUUGAUUUCAUUAGAGGAUAAAUUGAAAAAGGAAAACAAAAAACUAGUUCAUAAAAUCAAAUCUGAACUUGAGAAAGAAAAGGAUGAAGAACUUCAAAAAGUAUUGAAAUAUAAAGAUGAUGAAAUCAAACAACUACGUGCUUCCAUGUCACAAGAUGAACUGUCCUGCAGCGAAUCAGUAAGCAGCAGACUCAAUAUAAGUAUGUCUACAACAGACGGUCGAGAUACUGCCUCUAACAUUUUAGAGAAAACGGAAGACCAGUCAAUUCUCUUAAGAAAAAUGGAAGAAGAAAUACAAAGAUUGAAAGAUGAAAAAUUAAAAUUAGAGGAAAAAUAUGGGAGAAAAUGUAAAGAAAAUCGGCGCAAGGAUAAAGAGUUUUUAAAAAUGAAGGAUCAGUAUGAUAAAGAACUUCGCAAAAUAUUAGCAGAAUCAAAAAAAUUGGCAGAAUGCAAUCUGAAGAAAUUGAAAAUAGCAGAAUUGGCUUUAAGUGAGAAUUUUGUGUCUGAUGAUGAAAGUGUGUCUUUAAAAUCUCUCCUGUCACCAGACAAUGAAUCUAGUAAAUUAGGAUUGAUAGCUGAGAAGAUUGAAAAUCCUAAACUUGAAGACAAUGAACCAAGUCCACCUGAUAUUUUACAACAAACUGGAAACAUUCAAGAGAACUCCAACUCUAAGAAGAGAUAUUUAAAUAUGUUAUCACCUGGCAAUUAA